UUCUCAAAAGUUUGAACACAUUUCCAGAAGCUGUGGCUCAGUUUCUCACAGCUCUAAACAUAAAUUAAGUGAUGAUCCUGGUCAAAAACUCAAGUAUCUUGCAAAAUAAAAUGCAGCAGUUUUCACCUACAGCAUGUACUGUAUGUAUAGUGAGAAACACUGCAUAGAAAAUCAACGCACAGAUACAAAAAGAUCACGGCAAAAUUUUGAAAUGGUUCUUUAUUUGUCAAAGUGUUCACCUGAUUUUUUUUUUUUUUUCAAAGACAAAAACUGCAGUGAAAAGGAAACUCCGCACUGGCAAUCAGUGUGUCACAUUUUUAGGCUGGUGUUUGUAGGUGAACAAAACUGCAACUUAGAUUAACAUCUGAGUGAGAUUGGUGGAUCAGCGCUCAAGAUGCUGUUCACUUUUUCACUUUGUACAGCCCGAAGGUGUGGGAAGCCAGAUCAGGCGCCCCCCUUCUGUCUCUGCUCUCUCCCAUCUUAUCUGACUUACUUGUCUUACUUCUCUCUAUCACCUUUUCUGUCCCUUUGAAGAAAUGAGGCUCCAUAAAUGUUAAAGAGGAGUGAUGGCUCCAGCGAUCGGUCGCUCUGAGAAUUAGUGGUCACGCUGGACAACAAUGCUUUACCUCACUCACACGGCUCACUGGCAGUUCCUGGGCCUGAUAGUUGGAUUCCUGGCAUGGAUCCUCACCAUGACCACCGCCGGCCUCAACGAGUGGCGUCUCUGGCGAGUAGGCAAUGCGACAAUCAUCAGCUCUGGUGAGGCCUGGGUUGGUAUUUGGAGGAUGUGUUUCUACAGUCAUGUCCUUCCCGAUAUGGAGAACUGUCGAAGCAUCAGCAUUUCGGACAGCUUUCUUCCCGUGGAGAUCCCCGUGGCUCAGGUGCUGAUGAUGCUCGCGGCCAUCUUUGGUCUUGCCGCGAACAUCUGUGCUGCAGUGGCGGUGAGGAUGGCCUACUUCUCUGUUGAAGAUCGCAGGAGCAUCAGGCUGGUCUUCCUGCUGGCGGGGGCGCUGUAUUUGCUCACAGGGACGUCCUCCUUGGUGCCACUGGCGUGGAACAUGAACUCUGUGCUGAAAAACAGCACCAUAGACUUUCCUCCUGAGUUCCAAAUUCCUGCUCCUCCUGUCAGCCAGCGAGUUGGCUCAGCCAUUGGAGUGGGCCUCUGCGCCUCCGUUGCGACACUCUUAAGUGGCCUGCUUUUCUUUUGCUACAGGUACGCUUGGUGGGGCGUGAGCACAGCGGGCCCUGGCGACCAGCUCAAUGGCCCCUGGACAGUGACAACACUGCCACGCAAAUCUGAACUGGUAAAUAGAGCAGGCAUGGAUAACGCUGCCUUUCACAGUGAAUAAAACUCAAGAGAAUGAAAUCUGUGAAGGGAGACUGACUUUAGGCCUUUUUGUUUUCUUUUGUAUUUUUUAAAAAGAGGCUUGGUUUGAUACUGGAACUAAAAGGAAGACUGACUUGCCAUAUCUCAACCAGAAAACCAAAACAAAGAGAUAACAGAUUCUAAAAUUCCUUGUGAACAUACAAGGAAUAUUGAUCAAUCGUAAUUUUACCAUAAAAACAAAGAUUUCACUGUACUGAAAAUAAAAGCCAGUGACUAUUUGCCCUAUAGUUUCUAUUUUAGGUUUAUGUGACUUUUAAAGCUACAGGAUUGAAGUUCAGGGAUGGCUGCUUAUCUACAAAAGUAAUAAUAAACUUUAUCUCUGUUA